GUACGGAAGUAUGUUUUUCACUGAAGAAGUUUUGGAAAUAGCAGAAGAUAUUGAAGAAAAGAAAAGAAAAAUCGCAGAAUUAUCUUCAGACAGCGACGACGAAAAAGAACAGAAGUUGGAAAAAAUUCCAUUUGGAAUGAAAAUUAAAGCUGUGCAACUCGCGGAAUUACAUCCAGAGUGGUCGAUCAAGUCGCUACGUUCGAAAUCAACUCGAUUAUUAAAAGAUAGAUCACAAUUGGCAAGAUGGAAAAUCAAUAUCGAGAAAGGUGGUACGCGAUAUGAGCCAUCAAUAAUAACGUGUACGAUAGAUUUGUUGAAACGAGAGAUCAAAGAGGACUUGUGACAACACAGAUGCUGAAACAGUGGGCAAUGACUGUUGCAUUUCAAUUUUUGAACGGCAAUUUCGAAUUUAAUGCUUCUAAUCAUUGGGUAGCAAAUUUUAAAAAAAAGCACAAUAUAUCGCAACGACACGUGACAAAAUACGUCAAUAAAAAAGAGAGAUCGACGUUUGAAGAAUUGUCAGACAUUGCAGCGAAGUAUCAACAGCAAACAAGUAAUAUAAUUACAUAUUUUGAUCCGGAUUAUAUGAUAAAUACCGAUCAAACUGGAUGUGAGUAUAAGAUCAGCAGUAAUCGCACUCUCACUCACAAGGGUGAAAAAAUGACAGAAAUUGCUGUUCAGCAACUUAACAAACUCACACACUCCUAUACAGCACAAUACGCCAUGACAUUGUCAGGAAAAUUAUUGCCAAAAGUCUUCAUCUGCCUGCAAGAAGUUACCGGAAAAUUUGGUCCACGAGUUCAGAAAAAAGUCGACAAAUGGAUGGCAAAAUAUACAAACGUUUAUGUCACUUCCACAAAAUCUGGAAAACUGCAGAGUAACACAUACGAGGAAGUUUUGGAUAAUAUUAUACAGCCUUAUGUUAAAACGGAACCAUUUUUGUAUAUUAUUGAUUCAUGGGGUGGUCAAACAUCUUCCAUCUUACAUCAAUUAAAAUUUACGGAUGAAAAUGGACUUCCAACGUGUACCUUAUCUAUAAUACCACCGAAAUGUACACCAUUUUGUCAACCAUGCGACGUUUACUUCUACCGACAAGUCAAAAAUUAUAUAAGACGCAUACAAAAUGCUCCGUAUCUUUUGAAGCAUAAUAAGGAGAUCAUGUCUUGAUAGGAUAUGAUAAAAAUCCAUUCGCUUGUACACCAUCAAUUGUAGGCUCCACUGUAUGAAAAAAUGUUAAGGUAUGCUUGGUAUGCUGCUAAGCUUACGACGAAGAAAGAGUUUUUCUCCAACGUCAACGCUGUUGCAUUCCCUGAGGAAUUAAAGAACAAAAGAUGUGAAGAUUGCGAAGAUUUUGAAUCAGCAUUUAUUCAAUGCUCUCAUUGCCGCACAUUCUUAUGCUUUAAUUGUUUUUAUGAUGAAUACCAUCCAAGUACUUGUAAUAAAAAAUAAGAAAUGUAAUAAAUUGUGUUA